CCGCGCUGUACCACCGAAUUGCUCUGCAUAUUUCCGGCUCCUUAUCAAAAAUCAGCGGCACGUAUUAGUGCCCGAGCGUUCGGAAUCAAGCCGACGGCCGGCUCAGGCUUUGAAAUGACGCUAGAGCACUCGGCAAGGCACUCGUCCUCGUCUCCUCCCGCCGCCUCGUUCCAGCCCACAGCCAUCCCUCCUCCCGCUCACUCGCACUCAUCCUGCUCUCGUUCUGCGGCUAUGACAGCCUUGGCAUCUUCUUCAUCCUCUCUGUCGCCUUCAGGUUCGCGCCCACGCCCACGCAAAGACGUGUUCAAGCCCAAGUUCCCCCUCGAUCCCUUCCAUGGUCACUCGGCAGCCGCUCUCGGAGAACCUUGGUCUCUCAAGAUCGACGCGUUGCUCAGCGCAACUGCCCUCCAGAGGCAGAACGUAAUUUUUGUCCUGGGAGCUCCGUCAUUGGCAGAGCUUGGCCCCCUGCUCCAGUCGCAACGCCUUGCGAAGUCCCUCGUCAUCCUCGCCACCCACAAUCCGCCCGACAUCCCUGGGAUAGUUUAUCCCACUGUGCGUAUCCUCCGUCUCACCACACCACUUGCCCUCGAAGACGCGGGCGCGGUUCGUUUUGUGAAUGUUCUCGAGUGGGCAGAGCGUGUCGCCCGUACUUGGCGCAAACACGGCAGUUCGGGGGUUUGUGAGUUGUCGGAGGAGCAGGAUAACAAUGGCGAGCUGAAGCCCCCGUCCAUCUUCCGUCUUGGUACGCGGUCCGCAUCGUCGUCGCCACGCAGUUCCACCAUCCAGCUCCCGGGAGAUUCUUCCGCAACAAUCUCGAGGCCGCUUUCUCGCCCCCCCUCUGUGGUCGGCGCACUCUUUUCGAGACAGAGUCAUGCAUCGCUCCCACCAUCCGAUCCAUUUCAACGACCAUUCGACGUCAUGGUCAACUUCAUGCCUGUAAAUCUCUCGGACAAGGCGCUCCUCAAGAAUUCCAUUCUCGUCACAACGAUCUCUAGGCCCUUUCUCAAGUCGCCCGUGCAUGGGAGUGGCCCGCCACCACCCACGCUGCGUACGCGCACGACUUCGUCGUCCUCUACCACGCGCCUCGCUCGGCCGCAGUCCAUAUUCAGUGCCUUCUCCCGGUCAACUAGCUCGAUAUCAGUCUAUUUGCCGCCGACGCCACCCUAUGAGUCGGGCGAUUCUCUGCCCCUGUCAUCAUCGUCGCUUCCUGCACCUCCAGGGAAGGCGCUUCUCGUCCACCUGCUCCCAUCGCCGCCUCGAGGCGAGCACCCAGCCGCAAGACGGAAGCUGGUCGACAGCAUGGAAGCCUUCCUGCUCUCGUUCUCAUACCAGUCGACCGGGUUGCCUUCCUCGCGCACUUAUUCGUCUCCCGCGGGUGCAGGACCCGGGCUUGGCGGUGGCUCAGACACCGAUCGCGCGCGGCCGUACGUCAUGCAUACGUCGACGUUCUGUGAUACGGUUGGGUGCGACCCCGCACUGGGCGUCGUGGACUGCGGGGAGUGGAGCGUCGCGGACAUCGUGCUCAGCGGCGCGCUCGACGCGGACACUGUCUCGUCAACGUCCCCGGCGGCGCCUCCCCCUGCUGCGGUUCUCGCGGGGGCGGGAAGCGGCAGGAAAUCGAAGCGUGCGUGGAUCGCGGCUGCGGCCGACUUGGUGAUAUUGCCGUCCUCGGACAACCCGACGCCCGGGCCUUCCUCGUCCCUUCCUUCGGGGACGGAGGAACCACCGGUCCCGGUUCCUGCGGCCGAAAGGGGCAUGCUUCAGCCUUCUGCGUCGUCGCCGUCUUCACCAUCAUCCAAGUGGCUGAACAGAGCGACAAGGAGCACGUCCGCGCCCCUGCUCUCCGCCGACUGGACACCCGUGCAGUUUGGCGGGAGGCCGAUGUCGCACCCUUCUCAUCAGCAACAGUCGAUGCCGGUGUCGACGUCGCACCGGCACCCGCUUGCGCAUCUGGUGGCGGAGGAGGGCGAGCGUGGCUCUGGUACUACUUUCAGGUCAAGUCCGGGACAUACAGUUCCCGCGCCUACGCCCACACCCCCGGCGACGAGUCGCAGUUCGACGGCGGCUUCUUCGCUUGGCCCUCCCACCCCGCCGCAUUCGUCCGAGGAAGGAGAGCUGCCGCUGGACGCGAUUAAGGAGGCAAGCCCGGGCGCGGAGUUUUCCGCGCCGAGACAUACGAUGGGCGUCGCUGUGAUGGCUGCCAGCACGGUGGAUAUCUCGAGCGUGGAGGGAGAAGGGGGCAUGCGCGGGAAGGGGACGGUGAAGGUGGCGAAGUGGAAGUUCUGGCGGAGGAAGACAGGCGCGAACGUCCCGUCUGCUGCGGUGGUGGCGUGAGGGGGCGUAGAGCUUGACAUCCGCGGCCUGCCGGGCGCAAUGUGGGGCAACCAUUGCCGCGUGUGGAUGCUCGGAGGUUGGUACCCCCAGGCUGUCCGCUUGGGACGGCUACGAACGGCUUCCGGCGAUGUCGCCACACGAUAAUGUCGCGGAGGACACGCAGGUCAAGAGGCCGGUCCUGCUUGCUGUUGCUGCCUAUCUCCCUCUCCAUUCCAUGCCCAUACGUCUCUCUUCCCUUCUCAUGCAUACCGUCAUCUGUCCCCACUCACCCCGCCUCUUUCACACUAUCUACUCUGGCAUCCUCGCUCUCGCUUCUUGCUGCUUCUGUUUGGGGACUACAGUAUAUUGAGGUUGAGGCUCGCCCGACUGUAUGAUCAAUCUCCCGGUUCGAUUCUGUCGUCUCUUCCUUAUGGGCUCGGACGUCUUCACUGUAUAGCCAUAGCACACCCCAGACGCUUACCCCAAUCACAAUCAUGCACACUUCCAACCCAUACGACCCUAGCAUACUCAGCUACAUCAUAUAUAUCGAUAUCUUGACCUUCUCUACACGAACGGACCCGACCCGCCUACACUCGUUAGCAUUAUUUUCCCUCAAUUGACACUUCCCCCGGCACGCGCAAAGCACGAGCCAGACCCAAUGUUUGGGCACCCGCACUAGAACCCGCAGCUUACUUGAUCACGCUAUAGUUUAUCCCCCCUACGCCUACCAGCGGCACGUCAUACCUAAUUUACGACUUCCACUAGUCUAAUCCCCUUGCCUCACUGUCGUCCAGCGUUGUUAUGACCGCGGUCAUGACCGAAGCCAUGACCGAUUUUGACCAGCUUGACCGGUCAUGACGGUUAGUCAAGGGUCAACGCGUGAUCUAGGCGACCAAGCGCUUGUGGGGUCGCACCAGUCACGGUGAUUGGGAUCAGUAGCUACAGAGAUUGAAGGAGCAUGUUUCGAGGGGACAGUGAGCGGGAAGAUAUAAAAUCAUGUGCGCUGGAGGCAAUAGGGGUGGCAAGCAUCAAACUUCAACGUCAGCAGUAGAAGCAAGCUAUUCGGAACCCCCGAGCCUCAACUACUUCUCCGACUCGGACUCCUCUUGCUGGCCAGAAACUGCAGCUUGAGCCCGAAGCGGACGAUGUGCUCGAACAUCGCGACGGGCACAGGGGAGCACCAGGUUUGGCGGUGGAGACGACUUGCGCUCGCAGAUCGGGCGGGCGAUGUCAUUUGUGAUACCAUUCGCAUUGCUCUUCCUCGCGAGCCGGACGACUUCGUUCUUAGGAUGAGGUCGUGUUGUCGGAGCGGGUGUUCAGUACUGUCUUGUAUGUUCAACCACAAACGUCUACAUACUCCUUCCCUUCGUCAUUUCAGUCGUUACAACGGCCUCGUACACUGUAUCUCUUACACUUAUUUCCGUCAUUACUUAGCAAUCAAA